ACACAACUGGACGUCGGGAGGAUUGUGUGGAAGAGACCCAAAGAGUUGGUCGACAUUCCGAACCUCAUCUACAGAGAGAAGUUAGGACCGGCACAAGAGGUGGAGUUCGUGGGCCACGGACCCAAUCCAUGGUUUAUCGCCGCCUCCCUGGCCGUCGCCACUCACAAGAGCCUCAUAUUUAAGGUGAUCCCCAAAACCGAGAGUCACUUCUUGCGAGGGAUUUUGAAGUUUAAUUUCUGGCAUUUGGGUGAUUGGCUCAAAGUGGUGGUCGACGACAAACUGCCCACUUUUGAUGGACAACUGGUCUUCAGUCGUUGUCGUUCGCCACAAGUCUUUUGGGUGCCACUCCUCGAGAAGGCAUUAUAUCCAUACCCAUCAGAUCCAUCACGGGAUCUGUUUUGUGGAAAUAUAUUCAUUUUGUAUUCAAUUGUUUCAUUCAAACCCAAGGCUUACGCAAAGCUUUACGGCUCUUAUGAAGUGAUGGCUUCUAAUGGGUGUUUGACUUACGCUCUGAUGGAUAUGACGGGCGCUACUGUCGAGACAAUUGCACUUCAAUGCGAUGGCAAAGAACGGGAACAGUUCCGAAUGAUUAGCGAAGAACUGGACAAACAUGCGAUCAUUUGUGUCAAAAGCAAAGAAUCCAUUCCUCAAAACACUUACGGAUUACUCGAUGACUGUAUUUAUGUCAUCAAAAAUAUCAAGAAACCUUUGGGCGGAAGUUUUCGCAAGACUUUCUCCAAAGACAGCUCCAGAGACAGCGCUUCCAUUCGUAUUAUGUGUACCAUUGCCUCCAACCACAAGAAGAAAGACCGGGAGAGUGCGGUCACCGGGAACUCGAGCUCUCAAUUCUGUUUCGAUGUGUUGGACGAAUGCACUGAAGUUAUGAUCGAUUUAAUGCAAAAGAAUUUCAAACAAUUCAUU